GUGUUUCCCAAGGCGCCCUCAGUCCGCCCCGAGGGACAGAGGCUGAAGCGCCGUCCUGCGCGGUGCAGACGCUCUCCGGCAACCGGCCGGUGGCACCAUGAGGCGGGCGGGACGCGCGGCUCUCCUGGCGGCGGUGCUGGUCCUGGCACAGUUGCGCCCGGGGAGCAGCCAGUGGAGCACCGAGGCAGCGGCGGUCGGGGUGCAGGACCCGAGUCUGCGCUGGAGUCCCGGGGCGCGGAACCAGGGAGGCGGGGCCCGUGCGCUCCUCCUGCUGCUGGCCGAGCGCUUCCCGCACCGCGCGGGGCCGGGCCGAUGGGGGGCCGGGACCUCCAGCCCCCGCCCGCGACGGGACGACCCUCCGCUGUCUAUUGACCUCACCUUCCACCUGCUGCGGACCCUGCUGGAGCUGGCGCGCACGCAGAGCCAGCGGGAGCGCGCCGAGCAGAAUCGCAUCAUAUUCGACUCCGUGGGCAAGUGAUCGGCAGGGUCUGGGGC